UUUACUUGGGUUUUUUUUUGCGGAUUGAUUCCCGUUCGUUUCUCACAUUCGCCAUUCCUCAUCGGACUUCCGUCUUCUCCCAGGCAGUUUUGCGGACCAGUGGCAGAGCCGACAGACGACGAAGUCGACAGAGGUAACACAAUCGAUUUCGAGACGGGCGCGCAGAGAAGAAAACCUGACGACUUCAAUCUUUGGGGUUUUCGAAAAAGGGGAUAGCGGAAAAUAAGGGGAAGAAAGAAAAAAAGAUGAAGGACCAACGCCGACGACAGAGGGAGGAGUACCGUACACUCCAGACCGUCCGCGAGGAAGAAGAGGAGGAACACCAGCGCGACGACGCUAGCAGCAGCAGUAGCAGCACCACCACCGACGUCGACCUGGAGGCGCUCGACUUUGCCGAGAAGGACUAUAUGCACGGGCCAGCGGUGCUCCGGAUGAGCAAGCCGGAGAGGGAGAGCGGGUUCUUCACCCUCCUCAAGGAGUACUGGUGGAUAUUCAACACGUUCCUGCUACUAGUCAUCAUCGUGCUCCUCAUGGAUAAGAGCUGGUCGCGCCGCGGAAAGGAACAUUACUUCGAGGGCGCUGGCGACAUCACCGGCUUUGUGCCAGAGUUCUCCCAGAAGAUCACCACCUUCUCGCCGGACCCGGGCUUCGUGCCGGAAAACACGUCCGAGUUCUUCACCGAGGAGACUCGGCGGAAGUGGCUAGACCUUGUGCCGAAGGGCCUCGGAUACCUCCAGAUCGAGAAUCCGGACCAGUACGAUAACCUGCCGGCGGCGCUCGCCUCGUAUCCGGACCGAUUCGUCGUCACGUCCUCGGUGACGCACCAGCUGCAGUGUCUGCACUCGAUCGCGGAGGCCUACUCGGCGCUCUCGUCGUCCGGCGGGUCGCGGGCGCCGGCGGAGUCGGCGGCCCGCCUGUCUCACUGCUUUGACUAUCUACGGCAGGGUAUCCUGUGCAGCGGGGACGUAGCACUCGAAGGUAGCGCCUCGCACUCUUCCUCGUCCGCUUCUGCCGACAGCCCCGACGGCUGGGACGCCAAGCAUGUCUGCAAAAACUACCCUGAGGUGCGCGAGUACCUCGAACAGAACCGCGCCGACGACAGGGUGUGGAUAUAGAUGUGAGAAGACCCAGAAAGGGAGAGAAGAAAUGCCGUUGGGAUAAUCGGUAAAUGUCGUCUCAAUUUUCUCUGCCUAAAUAACUUAGGGACAUCUAAGCAAAUCUAGUCAACUCUGUCAAGACACAUUUCAAGGAAUGUGUGAACAACAUAUCGUGUGGUUUUAAUUUCUGCUUGUGCUAUGCAAUUUCAAUUUCCCUUUCUGCAUCGCCGUCUG